GCAAAAUUGUAGCUCGACGCCGUCGCUGACGGCGUACUGGCUCUGGCUCUGCCGCGACCCGGACUGUUGCAGCAGCGGUAGAGGCAAAGGCUGAGGCUGAGGCUGCGCUCGCUCGCAGGUGCGGUUCAGUCUCGUUUUGGCAGCCACAGCGCGCACGACGUUUCCACCGCGGCAGACGGAAAAGACUUGAACCGAAGACAGAGACAGACCCAGCAGGCCCCAGCGCAGUCCAAGAGGGUCCACACAGUCAGUCAGAGUGACAGAGCAGUCUGUGGACCAUUUUUUUUGUUGUAUUCUGUGCCCCCAAACGUGCGGCCGAACGCGAAGUGCAGUGUAGCUUUGCAGGGGGAGGGGAAAUCGGAAAGCGUGUGUUUUGUGCUCAAGAAAUGAAAGACUCGAUGGGCAUACUCACCCAGUCGCCCAGCGAGACGCCCCAAGUGCAUCAUCCACAGCUGCACCACCAGCUGCACGCGCUGCCCCAUCCGCUGCACGCGCUGCCCCACCACCAACACCACCAGCAUACGGGCCUGCAGCCGCCGGCGGUGAACAUGUCGACCACGUCGUCCAACCUGAAGCCGAACCGCUCCCGGUUCAUGAUCAACGACAUCUUGGCGGGCAGUGCGGCGGCCGCGUUCUAUAAGCAGCAACAGCAGCACCACCACCACCAGCAGAACAACAACAACAACAGCAGUAGCCACAACAACAACAACCACAACCACAACUCCAGCUCGAGUGGCGACAGCAGCCCCACCCACAGCCAGGGCAACAGCAACAACAACGACGAGCACUUGGAGGCGGCGACAGGCCCACCAGCGGGAUCAGGGGGAUCAGCGGGACCACCUGCAGCCGUCGCAGCACCACCGGCAGUGGCCGUCCCACCACCCCUACACCACCCACAUCCGCACCAGCACUCGCACCAGCAUCCGAAUCCGCAUGCGUUGGUCCAUCAUCCACAUGCCAAAUUGAAUCACUUCGCCCCGUCGGUCGGCGUCGGCAUUGGCAUUGGCGUCGGCCUCGGCAGCAGCGGUGGCGGUGGCGCCACCACACAAAUGGGAUCCAACGGUCUUAACGUAGCCCAGUACGCGGCAGCCAUGCAGCAGCAUUACGCGGCAGCAGCAGCCGCCGCCGCAGCACGCAACAAUGCAGCAGCAGCAGCAGCGGCCGCCGCAGCAGCAGCAGCCGCAGCUGGAGUGGGCCCCGGCGUGGGUGGCGGAGCUGUGGGUGCACCGACGGGCGCAGAGCUGGACGAUAGCAGCGACUACCACGAGGAGAACGACGACUGCGACAGCGAUGAGGCGGGCAGCGGCAACGGAGGCGGCGGCGGCAGUGGCAGCGGACACAUGGACGAUCACAGCGUUUGUAGUAAUGGGGGCAAGGAUGACGAUGGCAACAGCAUCAAGAGCGGCUCCACCAACGACAUGAGCGGGCUCAGUAAAAAGCAGCGCAAGGCACGCACCGCCUUCACCGACCACCAGCUGCAGACGCUGGAGAAGUCCUUCGAGCGGCAGAAGUAUCUGAGCGUUCAGGAGCGCCAGGAGCUCGCCCACAAGCUGGAUCUGAGCGAUUGCCAAGUGAAGACCUGGUACCAGAACCGAAGAACCAAGUGGAAGCGCCAGACGGCUGUGGGUCUGGAGCUGCUCGCGGAGGCCGGUAACUUCGCCGCCUUCCAGCGGCUGUACGGGGGAUCGCCCUACCUGGGCGCCUGGCCGUAUGCGGCAGCUGCCGGCGCCGGGGCCGCUGCUGCAGCCGCGCACGGUGCAACGCAACAUACCAGCAUAGACAUUUACUACCGGCAGGCAGCCGCCGCCGCCGCCAUGCAGAAGCCCCUGCCCUACAACCUGUACGCCGGCGUGCCCAGCGUGGGCGUCGGUCCGCUCGCUUCCGCCUCGGCAGCCCCCUUCUCCCACCUGUCCGCAUCAAGCUCGCUGUCCUCGCUGAGCAACUACUACCAGAAUGCAGCAGCUGCCGCAGCCGCCGCAAACGGUCCACCGCCAGCGUCCUCAGUCCCGGCUCCUGGCGGCCCACUCAAGCCGUUGGCCAGCAGCCCGCCCAUGUUGGCGUAUCCGCCUCCGUUAUCUGCAUCUGCAUCGCCACCGCAUCCGCCCUCGACGCCGAGUCCCACGCUCAAUCCGGGCAGUCCGCCGGGACGCUCGGUGGACAGUUGCUCGCAGGCCCAGUCCGACGAUGAGGAUCAGAUCCAGGUGUGAGAGCAAGCGCCUUCCCAGUGCUAAAUGAGCAGGGGGGCAGGGUGUAUGUGUAUGUGUUAUGUGUGCUUAUCUGUAUCUGUAUGUGUAU